ACCGAGCCUCCCGCAAACAAGCAUGUGGUCUGACGUUGCAUGACUUAUUUUUGUAGAGUUGCAACCCGUGAUCCCAUCUAGCGUUCAGUUAAUUUCAGACCCGCUGGCAGUGACACAGCCAUUAAGCAUCUCUGGUCAUUUCUGCCUUGAGUCUGUCACGAUGGAAAACACCGAACCCGCCAAAAAGACGCUGAUGCCAGAGUUGUACACUAACGCAACUACUGCGAAAUGGUUUUCUGUAUCAGCCGAUAUACUGCGCUCCGUUCAAGGGUCGUUUCCGAGAGGCCCCACCGAGGACCAGCAGUUUCUGGACCUGGGUUGCGGCCCCGGGAACAUCACGCGCGACGUGCUCCUGCCCCAAUGUCCACCUUGCCGAAGGUUUGUCGCCGUCGACUCGUCCGAAGACAUGGUGAGGUAUGCGAGGGAGCAUUUUUACCACCCAAAGAUCUGCUACGACACCCUCGACAUUAUGUCGGACGACCCAUCUGACUUUGUGGGGCGGUACGGGCUCUUCGACCGGGUCUACGCGCUCCUCCUCCUCAACUGGCUGAAGGACCAGGAGCAGGCGCUCAAGAACAUCGCCAAGCUGAUGAAGCCGGGAGGAGAGGCAUUUUUUAGUUUCAGCGCCAGCACCCCGCAGAUGAGAUUUCGUAAGAAGUUGGCCGGAAUGCCGCGCUGGAGCAAGUACGCAAAGAUUUGCGAGAGUUGCACUCCUCCAACCGUAGACCUUGCUGGUAAAGACGCCCUCGUCUCUUACGUGAGAGGCAUUCUGAAAAACGCCAACUUGACCCCGUCCAUGUGCGAAUUCAGGAGUACCGUCUACGACACCCGCGCAAGCCUGGAAGACUUAAUCCAGGACUUGAUGGACACAAACCCCAUAAGGGCGUUUCUGACAAAGGAAGAAGAGCUGCUCCUUCUCCAAGACGCCACCGAAGAAGCAAAGCGGCUGUGGGCCGGCAAAGAGGCCGACGCUUCUCUUAUGGCGAUAACCACCUUUGUGGUACGAGCAUCCAAACCGAAACACUGAACGCGGACACAAAACGAACCUUUCAGUAAAUAAAUACAUGUUUUUUUUCUCUC